AUGGCAAAGCGCGCAAUGCAAAUAGGGAUGUUUGCUGAAAGGUACACAAGCCUAGCAUCUCUGCCUCUUCAUGGUUUCACUUUUCAGUUGCUCGGACUUGAAGCUCAUGCUCCAAUGCACCAAGGACAUGUGCAUCAUCAUUCAAUGAGGGCUCCUGAUAUAAGAGCUGCAGCAAAAUUUGGUAAAGACUAUUUUCGGAUGCCGAUCUUCUUAGAAGAUGAUGAUGUCGGUCUAUUUUGGCCUGGAAGUUUCAGACAGAUUGAUGAAAGGGGUGGUUUUAAUUUGGGGCAUGGUGAACAUGCUCAUAAUUCAAAUACUAGUUUUGUAGUAGCAAUUGCACCUCCAACACAAACAUUUGCAUCUCCUGAUCUCACUCUGAGGCUUUAA